CUCCCUCAUACACCUUACUUGGAAAUGAUUAAACUUUGUGCAACCCAAGGCUCAGGGGGAAACCGAAAGUAACACAUGAAUUCAAAGCUUUCGCUUUCGCUUCCAAGAGCGCACAUAAUUUUUAGUUGCGACUUCUGCAUUUAAACUUGAAGGUGAGAUCCGUUUGUGUGGAAUUAAUUAUUCUCAUCACAUCAUCGGUCUCCUGCGUUGUGCUUACUGAGACAGCAGAAGUGUUUAUUUUUUUGUGCACGGUCAGAUAAAACUCCGAGCUUGCCCUGCACAUGUCUCUCUGCUGACAUUCGGACGCGGAGUUUUGUUCCCGUAAGACACAGCAUGCGUUGAAGAUGGAUGAAGGAGCUAAGUUGCACCUGAAAGAGUGGCUGAUAGCUCAGAUAGAGAGUGGGAAAUAUGAGGGGCUGUGCUGGGAGGAUGACCGCAAAACCAUGUUCAGGAUCCCGUGGAAGCACGCAGCCAAGAAGGACUACAAGCAGACGGAGGAUGCGGCUCUUUUCAAGGCCUGGGCUGUGUACAAGGGUAAAUAUAGAGAGGGGAGAGAUAAAGCCGACCCCACCAUGUGGAAGACUCGUCUCCGCUGUGCACUCAACAAGAGCACAGACUUCCAGGAAGUUCCUGAACGCAACCAGCUCGACAUCACUGAGCCAUACAAAGUCUACAGAAUCGUUGUUGACAACGGGACGACCAGGCCAGCAGAGUCUCACCCGGCAAAUGAUCAAGCGAACAUCCAGGCUAAGAGGUCUCUGGUAAAUCCCCAUUACCCCGACAAACAGCUUCAUUGUCAAACGGAAUCAUAUCAAGUACAUAAAGACGAAAAAUCAUUUACUGAGGACCUGAUGAGAGAGCACACGUACUGCGAGUUAACAGGAACAAAAAUUCAAAAUCUGGCUCCUGUAAACCUCUUCAGCCCUGCCCUUACUAUAUCCGAUUUUCGCAUGCAGGUUAUGCUGUUGUACCAGGGCCAGAUGGUGAUGAAAGCGACCACCAGGAGCUCAGACGGGUGCUUCAUCCUGCAGGGCCACGUUCCCUUGGGAAACGAGCGGAUCUACGGACCCUGCUCCGCUCAGCAGCUCUCCUUCCCUUCCCCGGCCUCGGUGUCCCUGCCGCCCUCCAUGGCCGAAGCGAUGAAUCGCCUUCUCUGUCACCUGGAGAGGGGUGUGCUCUUAUGGGUGGCCCCAGACGGGGUGUUCAUCAAGCGGUUCUGCCAGGGAAGGGUGUACUGGAGCGGCCCCAUGGCCCAACACACCGACCGGCCCAACAAACUGGAGCGAGAAAAGACCUUCAAACUGCUUGACAUGCCCACGUUUCUCAACGCACUCCAGAGCUACUUACAAGGAAAGGGACCUACGCCUGCUUAUGAGAUCGAGCUCUGCUUUGGAGAAGAAUAUCCAGACCCUAAUGUUCCUAAAACCAGGAAGCUGAUCAUGGCUCAGGUGGUUCCCUUGUUUGCAGUGGAACUCUUGCAGAGGUUCAACUUGGGAGAGACUGAGGAGAAGCAUCCGCCUGUCACCUCCAACAAAGACGGAGAGAAGCUGUAGAAGAUCAGGAAAAGCUACCGUGUGCCAGGUUAGGCAUGGACAAUGGAAAUGAGGGAGCUGUAUUCACCUUCCCUGCAGUCACUAUGAAAUACAGCAUUAUAUGAUGUAUUAUCACUGGAGAUGUAUAUAUGAUGAAGAAGAAACGAUGGCUUCAUGGUAAACCUAUUUCAGUGCAUCGAGGAAAUUCAUAUCAAUGCGGUUUAUUUUUUACUUAUGCUGAGUUUUUUGUUGUUUUUAACCACAGAGCAGCUAGAUCUGCAAAAGUUAUCACAUGCAGUGCAAACAUCUUGUAAAAUGCCUCUGACAUACUAUAAAUGUAAUUAAGUUCAUAGUAGUUUACAGGGAAUGCAAAUAAUAAAAUGACAACCUUAAUUAAAUCUA